CGCUUCUGAGCCCGAGUUUUAGUUGUUUGCCUGGGGGGACAUGAGUGAGGCUUGUGUGAGAGGGUUGGUAUAUUGCUGCAGAUGACCUAACUACCUGAUCUCAAUUUAUUGCAUGACAAUCUUGCAGUUUCCCAUUGAGGCCUCCUUGCCUUGGAUUCUCAUCGACUACAUCUUGGAGGGAAAUGAGGUUGGCCACAUAGACAGCGUGCUCAUGCCAUUUGACAUCUACAAUGAUGCUGCUGAGUGUGCCCUCCAUGUUCUCAAACAGCGGUUCCUUUACGAUGAGAUUGAAGCAGAGGCCGAUUUGUGCUUCGAUCAGCUGGUGUUCAAGCUCAGUGAACUUAUCUUCGCCCAGUUCAAGGCCAGAGCAGCUAGCCUUCUACUGGAUAAGAGCUUUCUCGAAAACUCGGAGUAUCGCGAUCAGUUGGUCCCAGUGCUUGUCUGCCGAUUUGAUUCCAUAUUCAACCAGCACCACGUGGAGAUUCUGGGACGGCAAAUGGACCUGGUUGCCCUACUUGCGCAGCGGAUGAACAAGAUUUUCCGAGAGAACCUUGAAAUCAUAAUCGCACGUUUUGAAGCCAGCGAUCUCUGCGCCUCUGUG